AUGAAGUCCCUCUACCCUACCGCCCGCCGUGCGGCUGUGACUUACCAGCUGCACGGCUGCACAAUCCACGAGCCGUACAACUACCUCGAGGAGCCAUCCAAUGCCGAGACGAAGGAGUUUGUGCGGCAACAAAACGAUGCAUUUGAGACCUACAUGAAGUCUUCUCACGAGACGCGAACCAAGAUAGCGGAGCGCGUGACGGCGAUGCUUAACUACGCGCGUACAAGCAACCCCAGCCUGCAUGCCAGCAAGUACUACUACCAUUACAACACGGGCCUGCAAAACCAAAGCGUCAUCAUGCAAGCAACAUCACUCAGGGACGACAAGCCAUCUGUCUUUCUCGACCCAAACACACUCAGCGCCGACGGCACCACUGCGCUCAAGGCCCAUGCGUGGAGUGAGAACGAAGAGAUGUUUGCCUACAGCCUGAGCGACAAGGGCAGCGACUGGCAGUACAUUCACGUGCUCAACGCGAAGACGAGGGAGCGGCUUCCGGACAAGCUGAACUGGUCAAAGUUCUCCGACAUCUCGUGGUGGAGGAAUGAGGGCUUCUUCUACCAACGCUACCCCGAGCUGAGUGAGGAGGUCGACAAGGGUGCCGAGACAGACUUGUCACAGAAUCAGUACGUGUGCUUCCACAAGGUAGGCACUGCACAGUCGGAGGAUGUGGUCAUUCUGCAGGUUCCCGAACACCCCCAGUGGAUCCUGGCGUCCAAGGUAACAGACGACCAGGAGUACCUCGUCAUCAGCGCCAUGGAUGGAUGUGAGCCGCACAACCUUAUUUGGAUUGCGAAACUGCCCGCCUCUUACGGCGACCUGCAGAGGCCGCUGGCGUUCAACAAGGUGGUGAACACGUUCGUCGGCGAGUACCGCUACCUCGGCAACGAGGGCAAGACGUUUUACAUGACGAGCACGAAGGAAGCCCCACGUAAAAAAAUUAUCUCCCUUGAGUUUGACACUGCUGAGGAAGUCGAUCUCGUUCCUCAGCAGCAGUCGGUGCUGAGCAUGGCUGCGCUUGUGAAGGACACGCUGCUCAUGGUCUACCUUGAGGACGUCAAGGAUGUAUUGUACUACCGAAAGCUGCACGAGGUAGCGGAGAUGACGAAGAUAGACCUGCCGGUUGGCACUGUCACCUCCUUAUUUGCCAGCUACAAGAAGGACUUCGUCUCUUUCAAAAUCUCCUCGUUCAUGUUGCCCGGUCGCUCCUAUGUGAUGGACAUCAACGACCCGCAGGGUUCACUGACUGUCUACAGAGACGACACGGUGGACGACCUCAACGUCGACGACUACGCCACUGAGCAGCGCUUUUACGAAUCCGUGGAUGGCACAAAGAUUCCGAUGUUUAUCGUGUACAAGAAGGGGUCCCUGUCUGCCAGCUCGCCAGUGAUGUUGUACGGCUACGGUGGCUUCGGCAUUUCGCUGACCCCUAGUUUUAAGGCGUCAUACAUCGUCUUUCUGCAGAAUCUCGGCGGUGUUCUCGCAAUUCCGAACAUACGCGGCGGCGGCGAGUACGGCCAGUCGUGGCACGACUUCGGGCGCCUCACGAAGAAGCAAAACUGUUUCAGCGAUUUCAUCAGCGCCGCGAAACACCUCCACGACAAUGGCAUCGGUUCCCCUGCCACGACGGCCAUCAUGGGCGCCUCCAAUGGUGGCCUCCUCGUCGCUGCCUGCGCUAACCAGGCCCCUGAGGCGUUCUCGUGCGUCGUGUGCCAAGUCGGCGUCCUGGACAUGCUCAAGUUUCACAAAUUCACCAUCGGUCAUGCUUGGAUCCCAGAGUACGGCAACCCAGACAAGGUGGAGGACUUUAAAGUGUUGGAGAAGUUUAGCCCCAUCCACAAUGUACGCACUGGCGUCAAGUACCCGGCGAUCCUCGUGGUGACCAGCGACCACGAUGAUCGUGUGGUGCCGCUGCAUUCGCUGAAGUACGUUGCCACGCUGCAGCACACGAACCCGGAGUUGGGUGGUCCCUUCCUGGCGCGUGUGGAGGUGGCUGCAGGUCACGGCUUUGGCAAGCCCAUCAGCAAGACCAUCGAGGAGACUUCUGACAUGUACGCCUUCAUGGCGAAGAGCAUUGGCGCGACAUGGCACGACUGA